UAUUGUGGUAUAGGUAUUCUGUGUAUAUAAUUUGUAUACUGUGAGCUGUAGAGAGAGUCUACACUCUACAGUGUCAAGUUUUGAAAAGUGAUGGUGGUGGCCAUGGAUGGUGUGGGUGAAACAAACAUCAAUGCAUUUUUAGUUUGUUUCUUAUUUUAAUUACACUAGAAACAUUCCUGGUGAAGUUUAGGAUUGGUUUUUCAUUAAUAGUAACCGCUAUUGUGUUUCAUAACAAAUUACACUUCGUAUCGCGUUUGUCCUAGAAUUUGAAUGGGACAUGUUGUGUGAGAUCUCAGUUACUUCAUUGAGUUGAGUUUUUCUUAGUUUGCAUUCGCCUCUUAGGUGUAGCAGACAAUCAAAAAUGGUUCGAAAGCCUCCAUAAAAUUCUUCUUUACAAUUAAUCAACUCAGCUAAUCGACUUUCAACACUUUCUGUUUAAAAUUCAUUAUGAUUUUUCACCAUACUUUGUUUUUGUUAUUUCUAUUCCAUGUCUGCAAUAGUAACAUUUUUCAAUGUUUAGUAUGUGAAUGUGACGAUUCUGAAAAGUUCAUGAAUUGUAUGAACAAAAGUUUGAAUGAAAUCCCUAAAAAUAUUCCCGAUUGGAUUGAAGUCUUAGAUUUUAGUGGGAAUAAACUAACUGAUGUCAUUGCCCCUUUGGAUUUCUCAAAGUUUUCAAGCCUUGUCGAAUUAAACUUGAACAAAAAUCUGUUGCAUUCUAUUCCAAUUAUGGAGACUGAUGUGAACCUGACAACACUGAGCAUGUCUCAUAAUAGAAUUUCGACCGUCAGUAAAGGAAGGCUUGAAAAAUUUCCGUUUCUGAAAAACUUGGAUCUCAGUGGCAAUCGUAUUGACGAACUGAAACAUGGCAUGUUCCCCAAUUCUUCUAACAUUGAAAGCUUAAAUUUGAACAAUAACAACAUCUCUAAAAUUGUGAAUACAAGUUUUGAUGGUUUGCGAUCUUUGAAUGAAUUGAAGUUGAAUAGGAACAAUUUGACUUCGCUGAGCACUUACAUUUUUUCCCCUCUUGUAAAACUGGAAACACUGGACCUGAAUCAAAACCAAUUGACUGAGAUUACAGCUUAUACAUUCUUCAAUCUAGUGAACUUGACUACUCUAAGAAUUCGCCACAAUGCUAUUCAUACUCUAAAUGAUGGUGCUUUCUUCAAACUGAUAAAUUUAAAUGUUUUACAACUUGACAGAAAUCUAAUAAAAAAUGUAACAAAAAAUUGGCUCUAUUCUCUCAAAUCAUUGCAUCGUCUCUCUCUGAGUCAUAACGCAAUCCGUGAAAUCGAAGGGGACUGGGAAGACUGCAGCAAUAUCACUGAUCUCGAUUUAUCAUUCAACCAAGUACCUGCAAUCGAGGAGAAAACUUUUCGAUUCCUUAAUAAAUUAAAAAAAUUGAUUCUUAACAAUAAUCAUAUAACGAGUAUUGCAGAAGGAGCUUUCUUGCACACGCCUGAAUUGAUUGUUCUUGAUCUCAAUAACAAUAAUAUAUCAUGGACUUUCGAAGAUGAUAGCAACAGCGCUUUCAUUGGAUUAAAAAAGUUGCGAAAGUUGAACUUGGCUGGCAACAUGAUAACCACCAUUCAUCCGAAUGCAUUUGCUGGAUUGGACAGCCUGAUGGAACUCGACUUGCAAGGCAAUCCCAUCCGAAUAGUUCUCAACAAUUCUUUCAGUUUGAUGCCUCAGUUGGAAGUUCUAUUCAUGAAUAGCAGCUGGCUAUUAUGCGACUGCAACAUUGAUUGGCUGCCUGAAUGGCUGUCCCUCAACGUCAAACCUAUUCCCAACUUGAAAUGCGAAUAUCCAGAAAGAUUGAAAGAUAAGACGUUGGUGGAUAUUCCUCGCAGUAGUUUCUUGUGUGUUGAUUCUCCAAAGCCUCACCUAGUUGAAGAGCCGACCUCGCAAGUUGUAUUGGCUGAAUCGAAUGUAACCCUGUCCUGCCGUGCCAAGUCGUCUUCGGAUAGCCCAAUGUCGUUCAUUUGGAAGCGACACAAUCAGGAAAUCAGCCGAAUAGUAACGGUUUCCGGAGUCGAACAGUCAGCACAACUAAACUUGUACAAUGUGUCGUUCGAUCAUUCUGCCAAAUAUCAGUGCAUUGUGAGCAAUAAGUUCAGUACAACCUACUCACGCAAGGCGGAAUUGAGUGUUGUUGUUUUCCCAGUUUUUUUGAAGAAACCGUCGAACGUGACAAUAAAAGUUGGUUCGAACGCACGACUGGAGUGCGCGGCAGACGGGCAUCCGGCUCCGCAGAUCGCAUGGCGAAAAGAUGGCGGAAACGACUUCCGGGCCGCACAUGAGCGGCGCAUGCGAGUCAUGCCCACUGACGACGUCUUCUUCAUCCUCAACGUCAAACCCUCCGACUCGGGAAUCUACACCUGUACUGCCAACAAUCGCGCUGGCACUGCCACCGCCAACGCCUCUCUUACCGUUCUCGAAGCUCCAUCUUUCGUCAAAACAAUGGAUGAGAAUAGGAUAAUCACGAUAGGCGAAGCUGUUGUGCUAGAAUGCAAUGCAUCUGGUUCUCCGAAGCCAAAAUUGACUUGGAGAAAAGACGGGAAACGAUUGUUUAAAACGGACCGGCAUUUCUUCACUUCGCAAGAUCAACUCCUUGUCAUAACUAGCACUGUUCAUAGUGACGAAGGUGUUUAUGAAUGCGAAAUAUCAAACUCGCUUGGAGUCGAGAAAGGCUACUCACGUCUUACAGUACUGCAAGCUUACGCAGUCACGGGAAACGAUGAAAACUUGACUGGUGUUAUAAUGAUGACGUUUGUAUGCUGUGCUGUCGUCACCUCUGCCGUAUGGGUUGUAAUAAUCUAUUACACCAGUUUACGUGCCAGACAAAACAGCGAAGCCCCUGUACCAGUGCAAGCUCUCAAGUCUUCAGCCUCUUACCAUUCGGAUAGUAAAUCUGAUAAUUCUAAUUCCAGUAAAGACAGCGGGACUGGCAACUCCACUAACAAGGGAAGCAAUGAAGAUUUGCUGGCUGCUGUGAAGUGUGCUGGAGGCAGUCGACAAGCGGAAGGCGAAGUGGAAGGGGUGGUUGGCGGGGGAGAAGUGAGUCUACCCCUACUGACCCGCGCGCUAGUCAUGCCCACUCAAGCAUGCUGCAGCAACAUGUCGCAGUCCGCAACACGCACCGACCAUAAUCGAUGUUGUCGGCAUCAUCACAACAACCCCAACUCCUACCUUUGCCUCUACUUGCCUCCUCAUCAAGCCAACUGACGGACUGUCACUUUUAAUUUUGUACAAUAUUUGAAAAAAAUGUUUACUGAUUAACUCAAGGGUAAAUUAUUGAUAUCAAUACUGAUUGAUACUAGGCAUCUAUGAAUACAGAUCUACACUAUCGAUAGUGAUGAGACUUGAUAACUUAUCGGUACUGAUCGUCACUUUGUAACUUAUAGACGUUUAGUUGAUGUUUGGAUAGUGAUACUAAAAUCAGACUUGUUACUGUUACUUACUAUAGGAUUAGAAACAAACAAGCAUUAUUUUAAUAUAUAUUUUUUAAAUCAAUCAAACUUCUUUUGAGGGUCACCUUUAUAGUGAUACGUGAACCAAACUUUUCACUUUCACUUCAGUAGUAAAUCAUUCAAGGAUUACUCAAGUCAUAUUUUUAAUCUAUUAAAAAUAUAUUUAUAUCACUUGAAGGUCCUUUAUCUAUACUACUUAUCCCCUCAUUCUUCGUUAUCACUUCAGCAGUAGAGUAAUAUAGUACUCGCAGACUACUGCAGCAGUAUUAUAUUAUUUUCUACAUUUUAUUCAUUUUUUUUUUUUAAUUUUUGGAUGUCGCCUGUUAUUAAUAUUAAUAUUGAAUUUACACUUGACACAAAUAACACAGUAGUAGAAUCUAUCAUGGACUUAUGAAGCAGUAUUUUUAAUCGUAAACCUUGAAUUAUUUUUUGAUUUCAGGGACUUUUUAAUGAUCAUUUAGUGAUAUCACCUACUGUAUACCACAUGUAUACAGGGCUACUUGUUUUAGUAAUACCAUAGAGAAGCAAUAGCGUAAGUAGAUAUCCCAUGGUAUAGGACAUUUAUGUCGCAACUUUUACUGUUAUCUCAAGCCGAUUACUGUUGAUUAUUGUCGAAUUUUACUGUUUUGUUGGGGUGAGAGUGUAUGAACGGCACGAUAUGAGAGACUAUCAGUGUCUCACAGCUUCACGGGAAAGAAUUACAUGAACUAGCGGCUUGAGAUAACAGUAAAAGUUGCGACAUAAACGCCCUAUACCAUGGGAUAUCUACUUACGCUAUUGUUUCUCUAUGGUAAUACUUAACAAGUCUUUGCAGAGCGUAAAAUUUCAAGAGAUUUCAAAAAAUAAUUUUUUCAUGUCAUUUUUUUUCUAUUAGAUUUUAUUCCUCUUGGAUAUUCAAUGUUAUCUUGAUUUUCGUAUUAGAAUAAUUAUUUUGAAACGAAAUUAUUUUUUAUAUCCUUGUGUAUUACCAAUUGAUGCAAAGUGUUUUAAAGUUCUAUUUGCUUUUCAAAACGGUUUUCAGCUGAAAGGAAAUAUCUACAAUAGUGUGUAUUUCAAAAAAGGAUUUCAAUAUUAAUUUAUCAAUUUAAAUAGCAAUGUAUUCAUUUUAUUUAUUAAAUAUCAAUGUAAAUAUUCCAGUAUCAAUUUGUUGUAAUUGAUUUACUUCUUGUGUAAUAGUGGAAGAAUGACGUCAAAUUUAUUGUUUCUAGUUACGUUUUUAGAAGGCUUAGAUAGCCUUGAAGCAUGCUACUUUUAAUGUAACUUUUUAUUGUUUUUUAAUAUUUCAACACUUGAGGAUCCACGCUUUCGUUUUAUUUUUCUGUUUUGACAGCAAAAUAUUUGAUUUCAACGCAACUUUGCACGUUUCUAAAACGUCUGAUCAUUUCAUUCUUAUGAUAAUAUUAUUAUAUUAUUAUUUCUUAAUAUAGUUGAAAUAAUUUCAAUUUUGUCAUUUUCAUAACUUUACCAAACUUCCAAUCUACCGAUCAUUUUUAAAUCACUAGGUAUGUAUAUUUUUAAACUGUUAAAACUCUUUCAAUUUUGUUUUUUAACUCAAUAGUGUUUGAACACUACCAAUUAAUGUUAUCACAAUUUAUCGAUUUUAUCUACUACUUUCAGCUCAAGAAUGCUAUUGCAUAUUUUUUAAUUUUGUCAAUUUUAUCAAAGACAAUAUGAUCAUUGUUAUUAUGAUUCACAUGAUUUUUUUAAUACGAUUUUAUUAUUCAUUCAAGUUUUAUUCUAUAGCGAUAAUUAAUAUAUUCACUUAUCGUGAAGUGGUUGGUAAUAACCAACUGAAAUUUAAAUUCAAAACUAUAUCGAGAAAUGUAAUCUUUCUUGAAAGUUCUGGAUGAACUAAACUAAUUAAUUAAUUGACAAAUUAAAAAUUAAUUGAGUUAAUAAUCUUGAGUGUAUGAUUCUGAUCUUGAUUCAAUGUCAUUGACUGUUGAAUUGAUUCUCUGUAUGUAGAAUAUAUCACCACAAAUUCGUCCAAUAAUUCCGAAAACUGUGUAUUGAAGAAAUUUCAAUCAAUUUGAUUGGAUGCACUUAAUACUAAUGUAAUUCUGUUGUGUAUAUUUGCACAAAUAAUAUGUUCAAUUAUGUGACUAUUAGUUUGUAUAUAGAAGUUUUAGUAUAUGAGUUGUUGUGAUUAGUUAGGUUCUAGAAGAUGUGUUAAUAAGAGCAACAUGUUAGUAAAUUAUGAGUAGAUUGUACAUUAUGCAUAAAAUCCCUCGCACACUUAUACAAUGCUCCCAAACAUGAAAUUUAUAAUUGGUGGUACGGGGUUUUUAAAAUAUAAUAUUCAGCAACUAACGCUGGAUACAGACUGUAGUAAUAUUAUUGUGAGCACAAAAAAUAUAAACUAUUUUCAAAAUAUACGUAUGAUUGAAUACGUUCCAGCAGUAUUUUAAAUACAGUAGUGUAUGUCUAGUAUUGAUGCAUACAGUUACGUUUCAUUUCUUCAGUAUUUCAUUGACUUUACUUGAGAACUAAUCAAGGAUUAACUCAUUUAUUUCAAAUAGAUUUCGUUUGAUUCUUUCUUUAUCCUGUUGUGGAUUUUUGUUCUUUUGUUUUAUCAUAUACUAUAUUGAAGUAUUCUCUUUUUUUAUAAUAAAGUAUGAUUUUUUAUCUAUAAGUAGUUUUGAAUAGUUUAUUAGAACCUUUAGAGUUCUAGAAAGCGUAAUAUGUAAACAUGUGAAUUCAAUUAAUCUUUGAAUUAAUGGCGAUUAAAUGAAAGGAUCAUUUAUUACGAAAGCCAGUCUAUACCAUGAUACUGUAGCAGCUGGGUUAAUUAUUUUGUAUGAUUAUUAUUAUUGGUAACGUUAUUUAGUAUCUAGUGUUGUGACUUGACUUCUCUUAAUUUCAAGGAAGCUUUGUUUUAUUAUGUUAUUCUUCAGUUUAUUUUGAUUCAGAACAUUUUUUAAUUCCAUUUGGUUUGUAAUAUCUAUAAACAUAUUCAACUCUUUGGUCUUAAAGAUGGAAUAAUGUGAUAUAAUUUUGUUUUAUUCCUGGUUCUGGCAGUUACAUUUUAUCGUCUAAUUUGUAUUUUAUUACAUGAAAACUUCAUGAAAAUAUAUCAUUUGUUUUCACUUUUAUAUUAAUUAACUGAUACAUUUUUAUUUGUUAAUUCCUAUAUUGACCAUAAAUAUAUUAUUCAUGUAUUAUGUAAUGUAAGAAUAUUAUAAUUUGAUAAUUUCACAGUUCAUUAGGACGGAGGUAUAGUCUUAUAAAACUAUUGUUGCAAAACAAAACAUCUCUGCAAAGGCACAAGUUUGAGCGCAGGUAAGCUCUACUACUUCAUAGAAAGCUAACAAAAUUGCUUAGUAAUACAAUACUUACCAUAAUAAUUUACUGCUGAAUUAUGUCAUGAAUUUCAUGAUGUUUAAUGAUGAAUUAUAUACACAUAUAUUUACUGCUGUAGUAAUACAUUGAAAUAGUAGUAUUCAUACAAUAUAAGUAGCAUUGAUUCGUAGUUUAUUACUCAUCAAGUACUCUAUUUUGCUCUAUAUUUGAUUGAACAUAAUUAUCAAGAAAGUACAAAUUAGUUCUAUUUUACAUCUAACAAAUAUUGUAUUCUGACGUGAUGUUGUUGGGUAUGUGUUUUAAUAGUUUUAAAGUUCAAUUUUAAUUGUUCAACUUAUUUUGUUUUUAAUUUCAGUAGCCCAUUUGUAACUGACAAUGCAAUAAUUUCGUUGUUGGGUUUGUGUUUUAAUCGUUUUAAAGUUCAACUUUUGUUUUUAAUUUCAGUAGUUCAUUUGUUAUUGACAAUGCAAUUAUUUAUUCAAUAAUUACGUAUUCAAAUAUCGUAUUUUGACCUGAUGUUGGGUUUGUGUUCUAAUAGUUUUAAGGUUCAAUUUUACUUGUUCAACUCAUUUUAUUUUUAAUUUCAGUAGUUCAUUUGUUAUUUACAAUGUAAUUAUUUAUUCAAUAAUUUCGUCCAUUUAUUACAGUAUUGUAAAUGUAAAACAAACAAUAUUCGUAUAGAGUUAGUAUAUGAGGAGUCUCUUAAUUUGGAGAAGUUGGAUUAAUUUUUUUAUCAAUCCAAUAUAUCGAAAUGGUAUGUCCCUCGUCUAAUUGAAACCUCAAGUCCUUGGAAACUAUUAAAAAAGUUAACUAUUUAUAGUAUUCAAAUGUAUAGGUUUUCAAUAUUCAUGUUUUGCAUUCACAAAGAUUUUAACAUUCUUAUAUUCUAUUAUGAAUCAAUUAAUCGUUCUAUCUCAUUCAAAUUCUGUCUAUUUUAUCUUAUUAAUCGUACACUUACAAUUGCAUCAUGUUUGAAAGUGAUAUGAAGAAACUCCUCAGGUAGUAACCUUGAACCCCCCUCCAACUACAUUGGUGCUUUCCUCUGUGGAGUUUAGGAGAAAAUUGAAAUAGGACAGCCAUUUUUCAUGUUCUUUGUUGGGGAAGAAAAUAAAAUUAUGUCGUAAAUAGAUAGAUUAUUUUUAAGAUGCAAUUUUAUGCCUCGAAUUGACAAUUUAUUUUAGGCUCAUUGUAGUUAAGAUAAGUAUUAUAUCUGUUAUUCCAUGAAUAAUUUUUCAAUUAUUUUUGAACCCAAAAUCGGAAUUGGUAACUCAGCCUAGUAUUAAACAUUAAUUAUAUCUUCAACCAAUAAUAGAAUCACUGGGUAAAUCAAUAUUGUAUGGGUUUUUAUCAUCUUUUAAUUAUUUAUUAUUGUUACUCACACAUUCAUGGUUAUGUCUUUAUUAUCAAAAUUAUUUCAGUUUAUUCUACUCGAAGUUUGAUUUUAGAACAGAUGUCAUGCUUUUAUCAUUUUCAAAAUAAAAUUUUAAAACAAAUCAAAAGUUUUGAUUUUUAAUGACUCAAGUUUAAACUUAUUUUAGAUAUGCCACCAAUUAUCAUGAGUCGAAUGUUCUGUUCACCAACUGCCUCGUUGGAAGGCUGCAAAUGCUAAAUCCUCGCAUUAAAUAUUAUUUGAAGUAUUAUUUAAUUUAUUGAAAAUACAGUAUUCAUUCUAAAUUUUUUUUAAGCUAUAAUAUGAUUUGAUUUCAAUACAUGUUUGUUUUAUUUUUGUAGUAUGAGAGAAGGAUAUGGACUACUUGUAUCGAUUUAUUGACUGGAAUUAUAUUUUUCAAUAUAAUAUUUUAUCUUGGUGUAUCCAAAUUUAAUCAUAGUAUUAUUCUAUUAUAUUAUUCAUGCAAUUUUUAUUAGUUCAUGAUGUUUAUCAUGCCUGCAAAUCGUACAAUGGCCUUCACAUUCAGUUUGAAUUAAUUUUAUGAAGUAUACAUUUUGUUAAGAUAUUUUAAUACUCUUAUUAUUACACAAAGGAACCAAAAGUAUUUUGCAGUUGAUUACAUUCGGCUGUAUUCUAAAUUAUUUUUAUAUUUUCCACUUAUUUAAUAUUAUGGUAUUAUGAAGUUUGAUUUUGCGUUUCUACUUGGAUUGAUAGCCUACAUUAAUUUCAUCGCAGAAAAACAGCAUUUCUACUUGGUUGAAAUCCUUUAUUUAGAUUUAGUUAUAGAUUUCCCUACAAUAAUUUAUAUGAUAGCUAAGGGCUGUUGUCAGAGUUCUCGGAUCGCACCUGAUCAAUUCCAGGGCUUCUGACAUGACCUUACGACUGUUUUUAGGGAAUCCGAGAAAAUUUCCCGGUUUGAAUUCAAUUCGGUUUCAAAUUUAAAUACGGUAUGGAUUUCUGAAUUAUUAUCGAAAAUUUUUCACUCAGAACCCUUUUUCGAUCAUAAAUUUUACUCUAGAGAAACUUUUAAAAAUCGAAUAUUUCAAAAUUGAUUGUAUUGUUAAUGAAUAAAGCUUUAAUUUUAGUUUAUAAGAAAAAUUAGUUGAGCUGUUUAAGUAGCCUAUUACGUUUUUUAUUGUUCAAAUAAUAGUUAACCCUAUUGUACAGCUAAUGUAUUAGUUUUACAUUUUAAAACGACUGAAAUUACAGUAAUUAUUAUAUUACUUUAUUUGGUAGACCAGUAGAAAUCGCAGGUUGAGUAUGAAUAGUUCUUUUGGUUUCUUGUUUUGAAUAAAGGUAUUUUAUUUUGCAAGAUA